AUGACAGGCUCAGCAACCUCCUUAAGCAUUGUGGAGACGGGAGCCUACAAGAUGGCAGAUCUCUCUGACACGACAGUGUCGGACAAGCGACUGCAACGAUAUGUUGUCGAGGACACCAGGGACCACGCAAGAGACUCCCUUACAAUAAUCUUUGACCGCUUCUGGGCCAAGUUAAAGGCACGUUUACAGCCUGAGGUGCCUUGCCAAAAAAUGCCCACACGGGACAGAGCCAAUGGCGGAUGGACGCCUGAGAGUCCUUCUCAAGGCAAAACUAAGACCCACGUGUCAAACUCCCACGUCCAGGGCCCUCCCGGGCUGAGAGCAACAAGGGGCACACCCCAGAAAGGCCGGCCACACCGGCAGAGAGCAGCAAAAUGCAUACUUACACGGUCUGCCAAGACUUCCCGCGCCACCCUGAAAGGGACAACCCUGGACCACGAAGGUUCCCAGGCUCAUGGCCUACGAACACCAGCUCUCACACAGCUCUGGGGCAGGAGAGGAUUCCCGCCUCCAAGACGCCGUGGCUCUACCCAGCUGAGACAGAAUCCCGGCGUGAAUCACAAGCCUGGAAAGCAAUUGACAAACAGCGGCAGCUGGGCCCGCAGCAGGAACGCUAUAAUCGCGGUGCAAGCUAGAGGAAGGAGUUCCACUACAUGCCGCAUCUGCACAGACACCCACCCUUACGGACUGUGCCCAAAGAAGAGCUCCGGUAAUGCAACGUUACAUCUCACCGUGCCAGACUCGACUGAGGACCGGUACCUGUCGCAGAUCAGCAGGAGGGGGAAAGGAGACACCAUGCCGUGCCAUAGAAUGGACUACCUAUUAAAGCAUAUCAGUGGCAUCGGGUGA